CGAGAGACGCUCCACGCGGCUGUCUCUCUCGGUCCGUUGGUCCAUCCCGGUUCCCAUUGUCUCCCUUCUUCACUCCUUGAAGACAACCCCGAGACGACAAACUAAACUCAGCCGUUAUUCCGCUCAUAUCGCCUCGUGUAGGUUACGUUUGGAGACUUUACUCGACCUGAAAUCUCACCCUGUCCCUCUCCAUCCGAAAUAUGGACAUGUUUUUCUGUCUUUAUUUUAUUUUUUCAAAUGUUGCACCGUUAGAGAUGUAUUUGCUGUAACGGGAGGAGGCAGUGAAUGAACCGACCAGCGACUGACAAAACGUCGGUUGUGUUGUGGAGCUGACAGGGAGAUGAACCGGAGGAUGAGGACUUGUUAGCCAACAGACGCCGGAAUCAUCUUCCAGUGGCAUGGUGACAUAUCACAACAUCCUAGGAGCAAUUUUACCCAUCAUUACCUAAGUGGAUAAAACACCACAUUCAGAAAAAAAGGCAAAGAUAGCCUACUGGAUUACAACCGCGGUUUUGGAGAUUAAAAACAAAAACGCUGUGUUUUUGUUACGGUGUGAAUGCCCGUUACUUCCCCUGAGAGGAGAGCAGAGCAGAGGAGAGGAGCUGGUCUAAGACAGAGACAGGAGGCAGGGACCACUUUCACUUGUUUUCUCCACCCUAAAACAAAUUAGGCUGUUUCAAUCAACCACAUCUAGGUGGCGCGUAAUCGGAUUAUUAGACAAAAGAGCAUUUAAUCUGGGGAAUACAUCCAUCUAAUCUCACCACUGGCUACUGUAGGCUACCGUGCUAAUUCUGUGACAAGGAUGCGACUAAUCGACGUGACUGUAGACUUUCUAGUCCAGUAGAAGCUGACUGGUUAAGUAGUCCCCGUGUGGACAUAAUUGGAGAGUUACUGUAACCUUUUUUUUUUUUUUUUUCAUUGGUCAAGAUAGUUGUAUUUGUGUGAAGAGACCCACAUUAUCAGAAAUCUGACUUCGUUCUGACCAAUCAAUCAAAAUGCACCACACCACCUGAUUUAUCAGACUACCAAACUGCCUUCAGUUGCAGAGGCUUGCCAAAGGUUUCCCUACAUAACCAAGCUCCGUGGACACAUCAAGAAAUCAUUGUGGACUUGAAUCAUCCCUAAAGCCCACCUUCCAUCUUGAUCCCUGACCCCAUGUGUGUUGGAAAUCCAGGGGGCCGCAUUUCAGGCUGUUUACCUGUCAGCAACCGAGCCAUUUGAAUGAAGUAGUAGCCUUUUAUUCCCCUGAGCUCCAGCGAGUACAGGGGCUGCACUGUUCGCUGAGGCCGAGCAGCGAGAGCCUCUACCUGGGCUGCCAGCCAGCCAGACGGCCCUCCAGGGGGAUUUUGGAUUUUGAAGGUCCAGCUGGAGGAUUUGGGAGUUUCACCCAGAGUUUCUUCUCCACGUGGAUCACUGGAGAGAAGGAGGAGGACACCAUGGGAUGCUGUAGUGGCAGAUGUACCUUGGCCUUUAUCUGUGGCAUACAGCUGGUCAGUGUGUUGGAGCGUCAGGUGAUAGAUUUCCUGGGCUACCAGUGGGCUCCCAUCCUGACCAACUUCCUCCACAUCAUCGUCGUCAUCCUGGGCCUGUUUGGCACGAUCCAGUUCAGGCCGAGAUAUGUCACCGGGUACGCAGCCUGGCUGGUCGUCUGGAUGACCUGGAAUGUUUUCAUCAUUUGUUUCUACCUGGAGGUUGGAGAUCUGUCCAGAGACUCUGACCUUGUCCUGACGUUCAACCUGUCCAUGCAUCGCUCCUGGUGGAUGGAGAACGGCCCGGGGUGCAGGGUGACACCCAUCACCCCUCCUCCCUCCUGGGCACCCGAGGACCACCGAUAUAUAUCUAUAUCCGGCUGUCUGAUGGAUUUCCAGUUCAUAGAGGUGGCUCACUCCUCGCUGCAGAUACUCCUGGCUUUGAUGGGGUUUAUCUACGCCUGCUAUGUUGUCAAGCUCAUUUCAGAAGAAGAGGAUAGCUUUGAUUUUAUAGGAGGGUUUGACUCGUACGGUUACCAGGGGCCUCAGAAGACCUCCCACCUUCAGCUACAGCCCAUGUACAUGUCAAAGUAAACCCAGGAGCUACUCGAGAAGCACUGCCUUACCAAUCGCCACUGCUUAACCUCCUGCUUUUACUACUCCAACUGUCUUUUAAUAAACAACAACCAAGACAAAGACAAGUAGACAGGAUACAGAAGACACUAAGAUAUUCUGCAUUUCAACCUAAAAAUCCCCCCCCUCCCACCCCUCUGCCCCCUGCUGCCGCCUCCCCCUUCCAGUCCUUGGUCAGAUUGCUUCCCUGGUCUGCCUGUCUGCUGUUUUUAAUGGAGUUAGUUCUGUUCCUGAUGAAACACUGGCCUUGUGUGGUUGAACACGGUAACUGCAGGACAUAUGUGCAACACCAGUACAGGCAGCUUCGACAGCAACUGCAUUUUUUUGUUACGCGAUCAAGAGCCAGUGAUUUGCAUCCUCUUGUGAUGUUGGGUAUCUGCGUUGUGAAAGAAACCAAGGGGAUGUAGAGAGGCCCAUUGGUGAAUUGCUGACGUGUUUCUUCAGGCUUCCAAGGAGAACUCAUGGUGUUCUGCUGUCAGAGUGAUGUUAACAUGCAGCCCUCAAGCUGCUGCAGACAAGAGCACAUAUGCCUGACCAAAGAGUUGAAGAAAAAACAACCCAGAGAAACAUCCUCCAUGUAUACAAUAGAAACUGUUUCACCAUCUCUGGAACGUUUUGCUCUUUGUGCCUGACACAUCAGACACUGGACUUCCAACCAGACUGACCAAGCAUCUACUAACAAGACUACCGAUAUAGGAAUGUCACACAUCUUCUUCUUUUUUCUAAGGUUACUUUUUGGUGCAUUUGGUUUCUUGUUGCUGCAAAGAUGGGAGCUCAAUACAAGUCGCCAUAACAUGCUGCACAUUUUCUUCUGUUGUUUCAUCAGAAACGUUGAAUGUCAAGCAACAGUGCGAUGUGUAGAGUUAUACACUUUUAUUCCAUAUGUGCAUGUGUAUAGGAAACACACACAUUCACAUACAAAGGCAUUAAGCAAUGCAUACACACAAACACACACACACACAUACACACAACAGAUGUAUUAACGUUUUUACUACUAAUGUGAAUCUUAAUGUUUACAAUAGAAACUCAGACAGGCAGACUGGGAAACAGACAGGAGACUUAACGUAUAGCUGCAGCAUCCCAAAGGCCAUGGGGUUUUUCUGCCAUAUUAGCAGUAAUACCAACAGGACAGUUGUUCCAGAUGUGUCUUUUGGUCUCUUGCUCUCUAAAUAUUUUGUCUUCCAUCCAAGACAGGCCGGUAGAGGUAGAUAGAGACAGAACAUGACAAAGAAAACAACCCCAGAAGAGGGAUUGAGGCAACAGUUUCCCUUCCACUUCAGUCCUUUUGUAGCUCUCCUUGCCAAGCUCCGUCGACACUCGCCCAUCUCUUUCGGCAGGCAAGUUUUUUCCCCUUUUUUUGUCUGACUAAUAAAAAAAAAGGCUGUUGGCUCAAUUAAGUGCCCAAUCAGCCUAAUCUGCAGUACCUCUUCCUCAUACCAGAAAUAGUUCCAAAUCUUCCACAGGCAUUGCUUACAUAAAAAGAAAACACACACCUUUUACAGAAAUGACAAUCACAGUCAGAGUGGCCUAAACCUCCUCAUGUAUUGGCAUUUUUUUUAAUCAUAAACAAUGUGAUAAAAAGCUGAAAAAUGCCUGUCAUUCCCAUGUGGGAACAGAGACACAUCGAAGUUAAAUUAUUUGAUUAAUUAUUCAUGGUUUUGAUUGAUAUAUUGCAUUUCUAAACUAACUGGUGGAUGACAAAGAUUGGUGAAAGGAGGAGAAACAAAACGACAGAGGCUGAAUCUCUGAAGACACUGCACGCGUUCAUCCUCGCCUGCAGACUAACAAGGACAAAAAUGGGAUGCCAGAGUCGUAGCAGCUCCCUCUCUUCACCUCACCACUCACAUUUUAAUGUUGAAAGUGCCAACUGUAUCACCACAUGGACAUCUGUAGAGCCUGGUUUCUGAAAGCCACAGACUGGGACCAAAACUAAUGGGUCUCAGGUUCACUUUUCUUGGGUUCCCAUGUCAAAAGAAAUAGCGAGGAUAUCACAAAUCAAUACCUUCACAUUUGCAUUCCAUGCGGCUAGCAGGUUUUCUCUUUUAUUCUGCUGAGAAAAAUCAACUGAUUCCUUCUGGAAAUGUAACUAAACAUGUUGCAUUUGUGUUGCAAUCACUGGACCAAAACUUUGAUGCCUUCUCCGUCAACCAAGGAACAUUUCUGGGUGGAAACACUGACAUAAGGAUGGACUAUUCCACUCUACAAACUACAGAGUCCACCCCCCUCUGCUCAGCACUUCAUGUUUUGUAACAAAACUCUGUGGGUUACGAAUCAGCGUCGCUGCCCUGUGCCGUGAGGCUCCACUGACUCUGGAGGACAGAUACAACAGUUUAUGUGUUUGCAUGAGGUGUUUCCAAACUGUUGCGUAUUUAUUCUCAUGCUGCGUGUGACUAACUAGCUACUUAAAAUGGGAACUGUUUGGUCUGUUGAAUGCCCCUCAACUCUCGUCAAAGAGUCCUAAAUGUGAACUUUGUGAUUUUUCUAUAAAUAACACUGAAAUGUCUGCAGAGUAAAGGAGAUAAAAUAGCUACUACAAUGUAAAACGAUGAAAUGUAACUUUGAACUUCUAGACGUUUUUUAAUCACGUGGCCGUGUUUACUGUUUUUUCUAGUUGACUACUAAUGUAUUAUGUUGUGUACAAGUGGGACUACUAUGUUUUAUUUCUUCUAAUUGUACAGUGUAUUUUGAAAUGAGAGCGUAAGAGGAGAAAGGGAGGAAAGGGAAUUAGUUGCACAAUAGUCUGUAAUUCUGUCAUUAACCAUUCUGUCAGGGCUGAAAAUUCACUUUCACUUCAGCACAUAAUUAACUUUACAAUAUUAAUUUAUAUUUGAAUUGUCAACCAACACCACCCGUUGCUUUUUAAUAAAUGAAAUGACUGUU